AUGCUUUCUAAGAGUUCGAGCGUGAGGAGGAUCAAGACAGAUAAGAAGAGGCACUCGAUGGUGCUUACGCCCUCAAGCCUAGAUCUGUCAAGUAUCUAUGGUACAAAGAACAGCAACAAGUCGAUGGACGCCCUUGUGCCUGAAAGAUCGUCAACACAACGGAAGAGCAACGGGAAAUCAAGAAUGAAGCGCAGCACAGUCUUGCUGGACGAUAACAUGGUGCGCGAGUAUAACUUAGCAAUUCAGGAGCUGAAUAACUUCGGUAGCGGCGCCGGCACUGCUCUGCCUCGCUCUGGUGCCUCAACUGCAAAUAGCUCUGUCUCUACGUCGACGAGCAUGUCGUCGCUCUUUUCGCGAGAGAGCUCGAUGUCGAUCCACGAUUUAAUGUACCAAGACUGUGGUGAGGAUGAAACAAGCACCGGAAACGCCCUAGAGAAGGGCGAGGUUGUAACACUCAACUCGCACACCGCUCAAAGUUGGAGUCGUGCGAUAGACGACGUCCCUCUCGAGGGUUCCCAAAGGACACAGUUAGACUUCUUCUGA